GGGUUGCCGUGGCCUGGAGCAGCGUCGUUGGCACUCCUGGGACAGCGACUGGCAGACGCGCUCAGCCUGCUAGGGAGCUGCAGCGGGCACACCCCGGCGCUGCGGCGACAGGGAUAGGUUAGAGUGAGGGCAAGGGCGGUCGCGGGAGCAGCCCGGGGCCAGAGAGGGAGCCCGAGCCCUGCCGUCUCCAGCCAUGUCCGACGAGGCAUCGGCCACCACUUCGUACCAGAAGUUUCUGACCCCGGAGGAGCCCUUCCCGCUUUUGGGACCCCCUCGCGGGCUGGGCACCUGCCCGAGCGAGGAGCCGGGCUGCCUAGACAUCAGCGACUUCGGCUGCCAGCUGUCCUCUUGCCAUCGCACCGACCCGCUCCAUCGCUUCCACACCAACAGGUGGAACUUAACUUCUUGUGGAACAAGUGUUGCCAGCUCAGAAUGCAGUGAGGAGCUGUUUUCAUCAGUUUCUGUUGGAGAUCAAGAUGAUUGCUAUUCCCUGUUAGAUGAUCAAGAUUUCACUUCUUUUGAUUUGUUCCCUGAGGGGAGUGUCUGCAGUGAUGUAUCUUCUUCUAUUAGCACAUACUGGGAUUGGUCCGAUAGCGAGUUUGAAUGGCAGUUGCCAGGCAGUGACAUUGCAAGUGGGAGUGACGUGCUUUCUGAUGUCAUACCCAGUAUUCCAAGUUCACCUUGCCUACUUCCUAAAAAGAAAAACAAGCACCGGAAUUUAGAUGAACUUCCUUGGAGUGCAAUGACAAAUGAUGAGCAGGUGGAAUAUAUUGAAUAUCUGAGUCGUAAAGUCAGUACUGAGAUGGGUCUUCGAGAGCAACUCGAUAUUAUUAAAAUAAUUGAUCCUUCUGCUCAAAUCUCCCCUACAGACAGUGAGUUUAUUAUUGAACUUAACUGUCUCACAGAUGAAAAACUGAAGCAGGUCAGAAACUACAUCAAGGAGCAUAGCCCUCGCCAACGGCCUGCAAGAGAGGCCUGGAAGAGAAGCAACUUUAGUUGUGCAAGCACCAGUGGAGUAAGCGGUGCCAGUGCCAGUGCCAGCAGCAGCAGUGCCAGCAUGGUCAGUUCUGCAAGCAGCAGUGGGUCCAGCGUUGGAAACUCUGCUUCAAACUCCAGUGCCAACAUGAGUCGAGCACACAGUGAUAGCAACCUAUCUGCAAGUGCAGCAGAGCGGAUUCGGGAUUCAAAAAAGCGAUCCAAACAGCGGAAGUUGCAGCAGAAGGCCUUACGUAAGAGGCAGCUGAAAGAGCAGAGGCAGGCUCGGAAGGAGCGGCUCAGUGGGCUCUUCCUUAAUGAAGAAGUGCUGUCCUUGAAAGUGACUGAGGAAGACCAUGAAGCAGAUGUAGAUGUUUUGAUGUAAUAAGGGUGAAGCUCUCAGCAUUCUUUCUAAGCGUUAAAGUAUUCUCUCCUUAUUUGUUUACAUGCAUCUUGGCCAAACUUUUGGUUAGGGCUGUGCUGAUGUAUACCAUUAAUAAUUAAGGCCAGUGGUUCUCAGCAGAUGGUCCCUGGACCAGAAGCUUCAGCAUCACCUGAGAAGUUGUUAAAAAAGCAUACUAUGGGGCCCCACCCGAGACUUGAUGAAUCAGAAGCCCCAGGGGAGGGGCACAGCAUUGUAUUUUAACAAGCACCAGGUUAUUCUGCACUGUACUCUAAUUUUAAGAACCACUGAUUUAGUAAAUGUUUUGACUAUUUAAACUUUAGGGUGGUUAAGUAGGCUUUUUCAAAGACUAGUACUUUUACAGUUUAGAAGAUUUCAAGGUAACGCUGACAAGUACUUCAUUAUAUUAGUCUAUGUACAUGUGGAGAGAUCAUAAUUCAGUUUCCUUAAUUUACAGUUUCUUAGUUUACUUUUUCUAAAGGGCCAUAGCAGAAUUCUCAACUCCUAAUGGAAAUCUCUUUUGAGGUUGUGGGGGCAGGAUGUGGAUUGCUGUUUACACUAGUGCCUUUAUUAGGUUUACUUCUGUUUUCAUUCCUUAUUAACUCAAAGUAUAAAAAGAGGCCCUAAUAUCUUUUCUGUAGGUAGUCUUUGUUUUUCACUUUAUGUAAAUUCAGAAUCUCUUCUGUAAGUGAUGACUACUGAGGAAAUGUUACUAAUAGCUGAAUUUUAGACUUGAUGCUAUGUUGAUUAAUAUUCAAGAGACCCUUACUGGUGCUCUUGACCAGUUUAGAGGGCCUAGAGAGAGCUUGGGGAAUAGACCCUAGAAAAAACACCUUAGCUUGUUGGCUGUUAAUAGAACUAAUUUUAAACAUGAAAUCAUGGAUCGCUUCUGUCAGCAAUUGAGCAAAAGAACUGAUCCUACUUUUCCACUGCUUUCUGAAGUUUUAGGCUGUGAACUGCCUCAAAGGCAGAAAAUAUCUCAAGUUCUUUUUGUAGGUCAUUUGUUUUCCAGCACAGCUCUAAUUUUUAAAUAUUUGGUUUAACAGCUUCUGGCAUGUGAACAGGUUAAUGUUCAAAAUUAACUAAAGAAGACCCUUACUGUUCUGCUAAACUUCUCUAUAAAUCACUAGAAAUACACAGAGCAGUGAC